GUAUCUGUAUAUAUAAUAUAUUCCAUAAAUUGUUUUCUACACAUAAUAUCGGAAAAGAAGUUGAAAUUUUAAAGAUCUUAAUUAACCCAUGUCGAUCACAACGUGUUUGUCUUCUCAAAUAAAUUUGCAUGAAACCCUAACUCACAAAUCCCAUGUUAGUCUUUCAUUCAAUUCUAUUUCUGGUUUUCCGAUCAACAAACACACCAUAGCGCUAGCUCCGCUCACAACCACCAACAUCGCCGCCAGUAGAUGGAAAUCCAUGAUCGCUUAUGCCAACGUGGAACCCGCCGGAACACCAUCUCCACCACCUACUCCUCCUUCUGGUUCUUGGAAGAAUUGGGCUAUUGGGAUUUUGAUGACAUUUGUCGUCCCCUCUGUUACAACCAAAGGAGGUCCAAUCAAAUUACUUCUGCAGAAAGUUGACCACAUAGUGGAUACGGCGGAGCAUAUAUCGGAUAUAGUGGAGUCGGUGGCGGAUAAGGUGGACAAAGUGGUGGAGGAGCUCGAAGAUGAUCUGCCGGAAAAUAGCCAAAUCAAGAAGACUUUUGAUUACAUCGAACAGGUGGCUGAAAGAGUCGAAAAAGAUGCUCACACCGCCGGCGAUUUCAUUGACAAGUUUCAAGAAAUGCAAGAGAAGAUAGAGGAUAUAAUGGAACCCAUGCUAGAGGAAGCUAGGGAAGUUGCAAAAGAAACCACGGAAAAAGAAAAAGCACAAAAACAAUGACAUUGAUUAAUUAAUACUGAAACCUUGUAAAAUUCUGAUCAACCGGUUAAAGAGACGAGUAGCCAGAAAAACCGGUACUCUACUUAUAAGCAAUUGACACUUGCUUGCAUUAAUUCGAUUCUUGAGCUAAUAAAGAGCAAUGUGUUAUGGUGCAAAGUUGUACACAAUGUUGUACAUUGUACCAUAAUGAUGUAAUGCCGGUCUUUCAUCUAAUAAAAGACAAUUGACGAUGAAAAAACUAAAUUAUUAUAAAAUUUCAUUUGAGACAGUAGACAUUUGUGACCCUUUUUUCUUUGUACCUUUGUACAUUUUUUUGUAGUUUUAUUGAUAUAAACUGUAACUUUCAAAAAAAACUAAAUAAAAUUUUUUAUAUUUAAGUCAA